UCCAAAAGUAAGUGUGAGAGGCUCGAAGGUAUGUUCACACUUAAUUCUGUAUAAAUACAGCCUGGAGUUCAUGUGUGUGGUUGAAGUUUCUUGGCUCCAUGGAAGGAAGAAACAUAUUUCUCGAAGCUGCUUUUGCGGGAGAGCCUGUAGUGAAUCCAGAAGACCRAGGAGACAAAGAGUUGGAAAGGCUGGAAAGGAUUUUCUUUACGCCAAAAACCAGGCAAAAGCGAAAAGCAGACCGCGAUAAAGGCAAGUCUAGCAAAUCUGAAAUAAAAUCCAAAAACAGAAACCUCGAGCUACAGCUGGUAAGGGAAGCAGUGAGCAAAGUUGGAUGUCUUCCCAAACGAGUACUUAGUUACGUCGAGCUUAUGGCCGACCAGCUCGGUCCUGUCGAAAAGGCCUACUAUACAUCCAUUGGCAAGGGAACAGGGCCAACUAAACAGACGGCACUUAGGCGAAUAGGAAGAAAAAUAAAAGAAUGGCAAGUCUCGGGCAACGACAAACCAUCAGUAAAAGACCCGGAGGAUGUAUACGAGAGUAGUUGUAGUGAAGAAUCUUCGCCGAUGGACUUCAAAAACGAUGCAAAGUGUACCACGAAAAGAAAAGCAGACUAUUGAAAGGACGGCCUUUAUCUUGUUGGGGAAGAUGAAAAAAGUAAAGCCUCUGAUGCCAGAAAGUACACGGAGACCACAACCAAAACGGAACGUUCAAGAUUUCUUAGUGAAUUUGAAGAGGAUGAAUUGAUUGCAGAGGAGGAAAAAGGUGAGAUGCUAUCCAUCAGUUUCAUUGCCGUCAUCGAUAUUUUGUUCUUACGUAAGGCUUCAGAAUAAGCACGAGGGAGUACGGCUCUUUUGAGUAAUUUUCGGGUUGGGGUUGUGGGUCAGACCUAAAGUUAUUUUUUAUAUAUUCUUGCCUAUACCAUCUAAG